CGAAAACCUGAUACUCUUACAAAACCAACACACAAAAACGUCUCUUAGUUCCAAAAAAAUAGCCAAAGGGUGGAGGAAAAUGAUCGACGAUUACAGCACGGAUUACUGCCAGGAUUGCAAGCAAAAUAUUUACGACUCACCUAUGCCAUGGAUCGGCAUCUAUGUUGCAGCAGCAUCUCUAGUUUGCUCAGUCGCAAUGGCGGCAGAUGUCAUCAAUGGGUUCCGCCGCAAAAAACUAUGGUUCCCAUGUAAGAUUUUCACCGUCAAUGCUGCUUCCCUGACAGUAAUAACUGUGGCGAUGAAGCUGCCAGUGGAUCUUAGUACUGCUAUGCCGAGUGCUACAGACCAGCUUGCAAAGCUUAGUAGCACUGUUUUGAUGACCACUGUGAUGGGUCAUUCUAUGACUUCUUUCGCCUCCAUGGAUGACAACUCAAUUCUCAUGAACAUCACAGCCUUAGGUAUUCUUGUAAUCACCAUUAUUGUAAAUGCUUGUAUUGAAAUGGGGACUGCUGAAAUUGAUUCCAGUAUACGGGCUGAAGAAAUAGUUGUUCUAAUUGCCAUGCUUGUUUUGUUGGUGACAUUGAGUUUCUCGGUUUUGAUGGUUCCACCUGCUAAAAGAUAUUUGGAAUUGAAGUACCACCAAAAAGCUUCAGAUGAAGAAUUAGUGGGAUCAAGACAGCUUACAGUUCAAAAAUUGAAAGAAUUGGUGGAAAAGUAUUGGGUGAUGGCAGAAACUGGUGGCCCCCAAUUUGUUAUGGCGCGUUCUGUGACAUGUACUACUUCAGGAGUAAUCUGUCUGCUUACUGCUCUCACUUUAGCGGAAGGAGUGAUCCGAAUGAGCUUAUAUCACAAUCUUGGAUGGACUAGUUCGAAUUAUGGGCGGACAACCAAACUGAUUCUAGUGAUUCAAUCAAUCGGGGUGGUAGUGGGUACUGUUGCCCCAAUAUUCAGGUGGUUCAUUGCCAUCCGCUUUAACUGCUCAAACAAAGAUAACAUCAGCUCCCAAAAUGACUUCGAAACCGAGGAGUAUUGGAUCCAGAGGCUGGUAGAGUGGAAAGAGAGACCCUUAGUUAUGCGAAGUAUGGGUCGAAAAUUUAAAACCCUUGUUCAGGAUACAAAAAAUCGACUUUUGAGCUUCUGUAUUAGUGUCCAGAUUGCGAUUGUCGUAGCUAGCAAAGUAGUUCGACUUAUCUCCAUUUUCUCUGUAAUCCCAUUCCUUUCAUGUUUUCACCGUGGCAGGAAGUUGAUGAGGAAGUUCAUACCUGAACCUGAUGCCUCACCUAAUCAAGCAAUUUCAGAACCAAACACUGGUACAGAUCUAGAUCUUAGUAAUUAUGUUCUACAACUAGAAAGAGAGGUAAAACUGCCGAAAAGAAUUUUGGAGAAUAUAUGCCAAGAAAUGGACCGAUUGAUUCAGGUGGGUAAAAGGCAACAGCCAGAAAAGCUAAUGGAACUUCUACGGAAAUCCAAUAGCUUCAAAGGGGUAACCGAAUUUGACAGCAGUGAAGUUCCACGUAUAGAUUCUGGAAAACUUCCUCAUUGUUGGACUUUGCCCGUGGUGACCUUGACGAGCAUCGCCAUUGCACUUCCCAACAUUAAGGAACACAUGGUGGAAUGGUUGCUAAGUAGUGUGAGUAAAGGUCUUUUGUAUGCCAACCUUGUAGAGGAAGCCCUGGGCUCCAAUGCAGAUUUGCUAACCAUAAAACAUGCAGCAGAUGUCGUAUGGGUAGGAGUUGAACUUAAACGCAAGUGGUUCGAUGAGGAUCUCCAAAAAAUGUCGAUCAACGGUAAAAGCUCCAAGGAGACUCUUUGGAAGCUAGCUUAUAUGGCUGAAAUGAGUGUCGUGGAGUUCAAGAGAAACACGACUGGAAGAUUGAUGGAGAACCCCCUUAACUGGCCGUUGAAAAUCAUAGCUGCUAAUUCAAUGUACAGAAUUAGCCGAAGUAUGCUCUUGGAUUAUGAAGGCAGUAACAACCAGAUGGAUGAGAAAUUGUUCGAGCAAUUAUCUGUUAUAAUUGCGGAUAUAUUGGGUGCUUGCCUAACCAAUUUACCAUGUAUUAUAACUAGAAAAUGUUAUUCUAGUGCCAUAGAGAAGAGGGAGCAGAGUGUCAGGCAAGCAGCCUGUCUCCUUGGUGAAACUGAAGGGAUUCUAAACAUCAUUCAACAGCAUGAACUUCCUAGGUUCAAUGCUGAUCAGGGGGCAUAUAUUGAUGAGUGGCGCGAAAACCCCUCAGCUCUAGUUUCUUCAUCCAAUAAUGAGAUUGCUUCUUCUGGUUCUGGCGAGGUGCAAGUAGUUAUUGAGUAGCACGCUUGGCUACAGGAAACAAGGAUUUUGAGGGCAUAUCUUUCUUUGCAUUAUGGAGUGGUAGAAAGCUUGUGGUUUGUAGCUGUGAUUUAUAGCUUCCUGUGGUUUAUAUCUAUGUAAUUUAUAGCUUCUCGUGCUUUACAGCUAUGUAACGUUUCUCUGAUCCUGAUUGUAAACUAUAUGAGCUAGGCUGAAUAUGUAACAAGCUAUAAAUAAUUGGUCUCUGUCAGGGACGGAGCCAUUAUUGGGCUAUAGUGGGCUGAAGUCCAG